GCAUGACAAUUGGCAAUUCACCAAAAUUUUGAUUUUACUCUCAAACGCGUUACCGAUCAAGUGCCUUAGCGAAAAAUCCCUUUCGAUCUCUAGGGUUUGAAGCGGAGUAAGAGCGGAGACAGAGAGAGAGAGAAGCCCUAGUUCCCCUAAUCGAAACUAUGGCUCACCACCACUCAGAGUCCGACGACGAAGAUUACUCCUAUGACGACGAUUCCGAGUCCGAGCAAGAAGAAGAAGAAGAAGAGGAACCGAGAAGCUCGCGGAAGAAGCGCGGAAGAUCAAAUCCAGAUCAUUCAGUCGGUGGCGCGCGUGGGAAGAAAAGGAAGCCUUCGGGUUCCAUAUUCAUAGAGGAUGACGUCAUCGUAGACGACGACGAAGUAGAAGACGAGGACGAUGUCGAGGACGGUUUCAUUGAACACGGUGAAGCUGACCUUGGUGAUGAGGAUGUUGUUGGCCGUCGUCACAGGCCUUUUCACGAACCGGCGGCGUUUCGUUCUCGUGUGGGUGCUGAAGAGUAUCUUGAUUUCAUGCAAGAAAAGUAUUCCAACCCUCGUGCAGAGUAUGACGAUGAAGAUGAUUACGAAGAUGGAGAGCCUACCCACGUUGAUCAACAAGCUCUUUUGCCAUCAGUCCGUGACCCGAAGCUGUGGAUGGUGAAAUGUGCGAUUGGUCGUGAAAGAGAGGUUGCUGUUUGUCUUAUGCAAAAAGCCGUGGAUAGAGGAUCGGAUUUCAAGAUCAGAUCUGUUAUUGCGCUUGAUCAUCUCCAGAACUUUAUAUACAUUGAAGCCGAUAUGGAGGCUCACGUUAAAGAGGCUAUCAAGGGCAUGCGGAAUAUUUUCGCAAAUCAUAAGAUUUUACUUGUCCCUAUAAGAGAAAUGGCAGAUGUUCUUUCUGUAAAGAGUAAGACAGUUGAGCUAGCACGUGACACAUGGGUUAGAAUGAAACUCGGGAUAUAUAAGGGUGAUCUAGCUCAGGUUGUUGAUGUUGAUGAUGUGCGUAGGAGGGUCACAGUCAAAUUAAUCCCAAGAAUUGAUCUGCAGCUUCUAGCCGAUAAGCAGGAAGGAAGUGUGAUUGUCAAGAAGAAAUCUUUUGUUCCACCUCCACGCUUCAUGAACGUGGAUGAGGCAAGGGAACUUCACAUACGCGUUGAGCGCCGACGUGACCGGAUGACGGGUGAUUACUUUGAAAAUAUCGGUGGUCUGCUUUUCAAAGAUGGCUUCCUGUACAAGAAAGUAUCAACGAAGUCGAUUUCCACUCAGAACGUUACACCAACAUUCGAUGAACUUGAAAGAUUUAAGAAAUCAAACGAAAAUGGGGAGAUCGACUUUGUUGAUAUGUCCACUUUAUUUGCAAAUAGGAAAAAGGGUCAUUUCAUGAAAGGUGAUGAGGUUAUUGUUGUCAAGGGAGAUUUAAAAAAUAUGAAGGGUUGGGUUGAGAAAGUAGAUGAAGAGAAUGUUCUUAUCAGAUCAGAGAUGAAAGGUCUUAAUAAUCCUCUUGCUGUAAAUGAGAGAGAGCUUUGCAAAUACUUCGAACCUGGAAAUCAUGUGAAGGUCGUUUCUGGCACCCAUAAAGAAGCAACCGGCAUGGUUGUCAAAGUUGAUCAGCAUGUGCUUUUCAUUCUAACUGAUACGACCAAGCAACAUAUUCGUGUCUUCGCUGAUCACGUCGUGAAGAGUGCAGAAGUGACUAACGGUGUCACAAAAAUGGGAGAGUAUGAACUUCAUGAUCUUGUGCUUCUAAGUAACUUGAGCUUUGGAGUUAUCAUAAAACUUGAUAGUGAAGCUAUCCAGGUUCUUAAAGGGAUUCCUGGAAGAACGGAGCUGGCUAUUGUCAAACACGGAGAAAUAAAGUACAAAAUUGAUAAGAGAAUCAAUGUGAAAGACCGUAACAAAAAUGUCAUCACGGUGAAAGAUGUUGUCAGGGUCACUGAGGGUCCUAGCAAAGGUAAACAAGGUCCAGUUAUGCACAUCUAUAAAGGAGUGUUAUUUUUACAUGACCGGCAUAACGUUGAGCACGCUGGAUUUGUCUGCGUUAAAUGCUCAUCUUGUGUUCUUUCCGGUGGAUCAUACUCUGGCGCUGACAGAAUUGUUGAUUCUUUCUCAAGGUUGGGCAAUUCCAAGUCACCAGCCCCGGUGCCCCCAUCUCCAAGAAGAUUUCAACGGGCGGACUCGGGAUAUAACUCUGGAGCUGGAGGAAGACAUUGGAGUGGAAGAGGAGGAGGAAGGGGUGGUCACGAUCUUUUGGUUGGUGCUUAUGUGAAAGUUCGUCUGGGGCCUUUCAAGGGAUAUAGAGGUCGUAUAGUAGAAGUCAAAGAGAAGACAGUGCGUUUGGAACACGAGGCAAAGAUUGUGACAGUUAAUAGGGACGCGAUAGCAGAUGUGACCGAUAAUGUAGCGACACCCUCUCAGUAUAAUAUGGGAAGCCAAACUCCUAUUCAUCCUUCCCGGACUCCACUUCAUCCUUGUAUGACUCCAAUGCGGGAUUCUGGAGCUACACCUAUCCAUAAUGGAAUGAGGACACCCAUGCGUGAUAGAGCUUGGAAUCCUUACACGCCUAUGAGUCCUCCUCGGGAUAGCUGGGAAGAUGGAAACCCAGGAUUAUGGGGGACAAAUAUACUGUAUCCGCCGGAGAGUCCUUAUUCGCGACCGUAUGAAGCAGCUACGCCUGGAUCAGGAUGGGGUAGUAGCACUCCUGGUCGUAGUUACAAUGAUGCUGGAACACCAAGAGAUGCUAAUAAUGCCCCAAGUCCGUACCAACCUAUGACACCAAGCUCGGCUUCCUACCUACCUAGCACUCCUGGAGGACAACCAAUGACUCCUGGAGCUGAUCUCGAUGUCAAGUCUCCUGAUAUAGGUGGGGACACAGAAACUUGUUUGAUGCCUGGUAUUUUGGUCAAUGUACACAAGGCCGGAGAGGAUAGCAAUGUGGGAGUCAUCCGAGAUGUUUUUUCGGAGGAUGGGUCCUGUGUAGUCGCUCUUGGAGACAGAGGUGAAGGCGAAACUGUUGUGGCGAUACAGAGCGAAGUGAGGUUAGUUUGUCCGAGGAAGAACGAACGAGUGAAGAUUGUAGGAGGCAAGCAUCGUGGUUCAUUAGCUAAGCUCAUUGGUCUCGACGGAUCUGACGGUAUAGUCAAGCUAGAUGACACUCUCGACGUCAAGAUUCUUAACCUGGAUUUAUUAGCCAAGCUACCUCAUGCCUGAGAUGAGACUGACUCCAUUUUCUCAAGCUUUUACAUCAAAUCCAUAGAGGAUAUAUCUGGUUUUGAUGAUUAGUUGCUCUCUGUAUUUAUAUACUUAUUAAACUUUGUUUCCAACUA